AAACAAGUCUGCCACUCAGCUUGAGCUUGUCGGUUGUAGUAACUGUUCCUCUGAACUCCCCGUGCGCAAACCAAGCGGCUUGUCAGCUGUGGCGAUCCUCAAAGACAACGAAUGUACCAUACGACAACUGACACAGUGCUGCUCGGUAAAGACUAGGAAGGGGCAGUAAAGUAAACGCACGUUUUUAGAGUAAUUUGUCAAACAAUUUGCAUUUGCUGGAAAUAACGGUCCUGCAUUUGGACGGAGAACAGAUACUUUUCUCUCGCUAAUAACGCCGGGGAGCUCAAAUCGAAACUCUGUGACAUCGUAUCGCUUUACUUUUUUAAGGUGUAGUGAACAAUAAUGGGUUAUGUUUGCGGAUGAUCAAGAGGAGACUGGCGUCUUGAGCUUAUCGUCGGACACAUGAAUAUUUGCCAUGCCACUUGGGAUGGCUCUGAUCUCAGCCCUGUUCAUCCUCCAACUGAUCACCACCUCGUACUCCCUCGCUGUCCGCACUUACCCACGCUUCUCCAGAAAUGACACUUCUUUUGAGCACCUGGUCCUACACCCGGACCCCUCUGUGGGCACGGUUUACGUGGGGGCCAGGGACCACCUCUUCCAGCUGGACGGGCUAGACGGCCUGCGUCUGGAGCAUGAGGAGAGGACCGGCCCUGUGACUGAUAGUAAGGAGUGUCUUCCCCCUGUCACCGAGGCCAACUGCCCCCAGGCCCAGCGCACCUCCAACCACAACAAGCUGCUCCUAGUGGACCCCUCAGCCAUGGAGCUCAUCACCUGUGGUAACGUCCACCAGGGCACCUGCCAGAAGCGCAGCCUGACCUCUGUGAAGGAGGUCCUGUUCUCCACAGAGAGGCCAGUGGAUACCCAGUACGUGGCGGCCAAUGACCCGGAGGUGUCCACAGUGGGGCUGGUGGUGGGGCCCCGAGGCGGGGAGCGGGCCGUGCUCUACGUGGGGCGUGGUUACACAAGCAGCCAUCCGCCCAUCUCCACACGCCAUCUGGCCCACGAGCCUGUGUUCUCUUACGAGGAGACGGCCAAACUGGCCGUGGCGGGAAGGCUCUCGGAGUACGACCACCAUUUUGUAGCCGCUUUCGCUCGCCGGGGGCAUGUGUACUUCUUGUUCUAUCGCCGUGACAUUAAGGCUGUGUCGCGGGAAUACCGUACGUAUGCUGCCCGCGUGUGUCUGGAUGACACCUCCUACUACUCCUAUGUAGAGGUACCCCUGGUGUGUCACUCCUCUUCUACCUCCCCAGAGAGGAACUACAACCUCCUCCAGGCAGCCCAGGUGGGUCAAGGGGGUGGCAGAGAGGGGGAGACCCUGCUGGGGGUCUUCUCCACCCGGGUCAGCUCUUCCAACGGGCCCUCCGAGGACUCCGCUCUGUGUGUGUACCCUCUGGACGAGCUGGACAGACUCAUCGACUCCACACGGGACCUGUGCUACACACUGGAUGGCCGGGUGAAGGGAGGAGGCGAGGUGGCCUACAUAGAGUAUGAGGUCAAGUCCAGCUGUGCCAACUUACCUACGAACACCCUAAAGGCGUAUCCCUGUGGCUCUGACCACACCCCCAGUCCAAUGGCCAGCAGGGUACCCAUGGAAGCUGAGGCAGUAUUGGACAGCCCAUCUGCCCGUCUCACUGCUGUGGCUGUCGGUAUGAGGGCUGGGCACACCAUUGCCUUUUUAGGAGACUCUAAAGGGAAUUUGCACAAGGUGUUCCUAGGCUCUGGAGGCAGGGUGGAGAUGUACUCCUCCAUGCUCAUCCAGCCCAACUCGCCCAUCAGCAGUGACCUCCUGCUGGACCAGACGGAGACGCACAUCUACGUCAUGACCAGCGCAAUGGUGGAGAAGCGACCGGUGGCAGAGUGUGGAGAUCACCUGGACUGUCAGUCCUGUCUCUCAGCCCGAGACCCUUACUGUGGCUGGUGUGUUCUGGAGGGCAGGUGUGGCCAGCGUUCACAGUGCAGUCGGGGGGCUCUGCAGGGCCAGUGGCUGUGGAGCUUUGACCACCAGCAGCAGCAGUGUCUCGGUAUCCAAUCCCUGAGCCUGUAUAACAUCAGCCGUGGAGAGGAGACAGACAUUGCUGUGUCAGUGAAGGGGUUGCCUAGUCUAGUGCAAGGCGAAGCAUACAGCUGUUUCUACCAGGAUGUGGAACGUCUGGCCACCGUCACAGACACUGGUGUGACCUGCUCUACUCCCGACGCCAGCAGGCUGCCUCCCAUUGGCCAGGGAGAAGACUCAGUCACCAUCCCCCUGUCCCUUCGCUUCCUCAAUGUGACUGUGGCUGCUCGGGAGUUCACCUUCUUUGACUGUGGUGUGGUCCAACAGCUCUCUGGACUCAUGCCGUGCAGAGGGUGUGUGAGCAGUCGCUGGGGCUGUAACUGGUGUAUUCACCAGCACAUGUGCACCAAUAAAAUCUGUGAUGAGGGAGUCACAAUUUACAACAAACACUUCAAACCAACAUUCACUCCCCCAGCAACCAAACAAUCUGACACUCUAACUCCAACUCUCCUGGCUGCUCCAACACUCCCACCCACAGAGACAUCCAUUAGGACCUCUCCCCCAGUCCAGGCCAGCACACCUGUGCCCCCAUCCACCACCCCCAUCACCACCACCCCCAAGCCAACCGCAGUCCCCACCACCCUCUCACCAACCAUUGCCACCACAACACCCUCAACCACACUGGCCACUCAGGCUACCACUGCAACACUAGAGGUGACAACCAGUCUGCAGGCAGGGACACAGACCACCGCUGGAGAGACCUCAGUGGAUGGAGAUGGGAGCCUCCCCAGGACUACUGCUGGAACAGGGGAGACGGAGCAGACAACAGUCACUCGGGUUGAGCUGCUAGACUGGCCCGAGUCUCCAGAAACUGUGGCUCCUAGUAGUACAGAUGGACUCACCGACACUGACCACACUGAGCCGGAGCCCUCCUCUGACACUACCUCAACCACUGCUAGUGGUGUCCCCCUGUUAAUGGACCUGCCCACUGGCUCUGACGGGGAGGAAGUCCGCCUGUUAAUGGACCUGCCCACUGGCUCUGACGGGGAGGAAGUCCCCCUGUUAAUGGACCUGCCCACUGGCUCUGACGGGGAGGAAGUCCCCCUGUUAAUGGACCUGCCCACUGGCUCUGACGGGGAUGAAGUCCCCCUGUUAAUGGACCUGCCCACUGGCUCUGACGGGGAUGAAGUCCCCCUGUUAAUGGACCUGCCCACUGGCUCUGACGGGGAUGAAGUCCGCCUGGCCCCCUCUGAAGGUACAGACUCACCCCCCUGGACAAAGGAAUGGGAGAAGGGAGAGGGAGAGACAGAGACGGACCCUCCAACAUCCUCUGCCACAGUGCCCUCUGAAGAUGAUGACCCAAGCCAGCCCUCUCAAUCCUUUACCCUCACACCUGACCCUGACUCUUCAGCAGACUACCAGUCUGACUCCUCUGAAAUGGAUCUGCCGGACUGCCCGUGUGUGGAGAAGGUCCAGGGCUCCUCUCUACUUCCUGUUAAUGUGGAGCGGAAGAUCACUCUGGUGGGACGCCACCUUCACCUCUUCCAGGAUGAGGAUCUGGACUAUGAGUGUGUGCUGACCAUCGAAGGGCGGUCAGUGGUGGUCGACGCGUACGUGGAGCCAGACGACACCCAGCCCUCUCUCUACUUCAUCACCUGCCAGCUACACCAGUACGCCUAUACUGCUUUUGUGGAGGAGUACAAUGCCAUGAUCAAUGUGAGGAGGAGAAACACCUUUCAGAUUGAUAGUGCGGACGACCUUCAUGUGACGCUGUUUAACUGCUCUGUGGGCCGGUCAGACUGCAGCCGGUGUCGUACAGCUGAUCAGAAGUACGGCUGUGCGUGGUGCGGGGGAGCUCGCUCCAAAUGCAGUUACCGGGACUCCUGCGCUGGCGAAAUCAAGCAGUCCUGCCCAGCACCCGUCAUCCACUUAAUGGAGCCCAUCUCUGGACCAGUAGAAGGUGGUACUGUUGUGACCAUCUCAGGUUCCAAUCUUGGACAGAAAGCUGAAGACAUCCAGAACUCUGUCACUAUAGCUGGUGUCCCCUGCACGGUCAUCAACAGCAGAUAUGAGAUCUCCUCAAGGAUUGUGUGUGAGACCACAGCCAGUGGGGGAGAGAAGAGUGGUCAGGCCUCAGUCGAGGUGAGAGGAGGAGGGCUUGGACUCUCCAGUCAAAGGUUCAGCUUCCAGGACCCGGCUCUGAUGGGGAUAUCCCCUCAGAAGGGGCCCAAGGCCGGGGGCUCAGCAUUGACCAUAAUGGGCCAGAGCCUGAAGACUGGACACCCCAGUGAGGUCAGCGUGCUUAUUGGAGGAGUCUCAUGCCUCAUCUCCUCUGAAGUCGUGGAUGACCAGAUUACAUGUAUGACAGGGGGCAGCAACAGAACUGGAGAGCAUGGAAUCACGGUCCGGUUUGGUAGAGCACAACGCCAUCUACAGGGAGCCAUCUAUCAUUACACCUCAGACCCUAACAUAACCAUGGCUGCACCCUCAAAAAGCUUCCUCAGUGGUGGAAGAAUGAUCCGUGUGUCUGGGCAAAACCUAGAUGUAGUGCAGGAGCCCAGAAUCCGGGUGACCCUUAGUCCUCUGGAGUCCCUUUCGCCGAGGAAGAAGAGGAGGACGAGGAGGAGCAGCAGAGAUGGCGAGAGUAGAGUGAGACGCAGAGAAAUCCCACUCAAGAGGCAAAGACGGAUAGUUCCUGAGCCAGACUGUCUUGAAGACGCACUCUGUGUGGUAAAACAGUUUGAGACGAGUUGUGCCGUGAGCAGCUCCUCUCUGAUGCUGUGCCCUACGCCUGCCGUGGGGACGGAGGCCCACCAUGCUCGGGUCAAGGUGGACUUCCUACUGGAUAACCUGCACUUUGACUUCAACUCUGUGGGCAGCGGGGCUUUCAGCUACGAGCUCAACCCCAGGCUGUACCCACUGAACCAGAAUGACCCCAGCAAACCCUACCACCACAAACCUGGCAGCAUCAUCUCUGUGGAGGGGGAGAACCUGGACCUGGCCAUCUUUAAGGAGGAGGUGGUGGCUCUGAUCGGGGAAGGGGUAUGCUCUGUGAAAACCUUGACCCAUAACCACCUCUACUGUGAGCCUCCAUCCCAGCAGCCCUCUGUGAUGGCCAGCAAGAAGCAGGAGGGCAUGGAUUCUCUCCCCGAGUUCACUGUCCAGAUGGGGAACCUGAACUUCUCCCUGGGCAGAGUGCAGUAUGACACCCAAGGCCAGUCCACCUUCCCCCUGGAGGCCCAGGUGGGCGUAGGGGUGGGGGCUUCCAUUGUAGCCCUCAUCGUUGUCAUCAUAGUGCUCAUAUAUAGGAGGAAAAGCAAACAGGCAGUGAGGGACUACAAGAAGGUCCAGAUUCAGCUGGAGAAUCUGGAGACCAGUGUGAGGGACCGCUGCAAGAAAGAGUUCACAGACCUGAUGACUGAGAUGAUGGACUGUUCAAGUGACCUGGUGGGUUCCGGUAUUCCCUUCCUGGACUACAAGGCGUAUGCAGAGCGCAUUUUCUUCCCUGGCCACCGGGAGUCGCCACUGAGGCGAGAUUUGGACGUGCCGGAGUGCCGUAGACAGACGGUGGAGCAGGGACUGGUUCAACUGUCCAACCUCCUCAACAGCAAACUAUUCCUCACCAAGUUCAUCCACACCCUGGAGGUGCAGCGGACCUUCUCCCCUCGGGACCGGGCCUAUGUGGCCUCCCUGCUCACCGUGGCCCUGCAUGGGAAGCUGGAGUACUUCACCGACAUCCUCAAGACUCUGCUAAACGACCUGGUGGUGCAGUACGUGGCCAAGAACCCCAAACUCAUGCUCCGAAGAACUGAAUCGGUGGUCGAGAAGCUCCUGACCAACUGGAUGUCCAUUUGUCUGUUCACCUUCCUGAGGGACACUGCAGGGGAGUCCUUCUACAUGCUGUUUAGAGCCAUUAAACACCAGGUGGACAAGGGACCGGUGGACGCCGUGACGGGAAAGGCCAAGUAUACACUCAACGACAACAGGCUGCUCCGCGAGGACAUAGAGUAUAAAACCUUGACGCUGAAUGUCCUCAUGCCAGCGACAGGCAACGGUGGCAUGCCCCAGACCGCUCCUGCCAAGGUGCUGGACUGUGACACCAUAACCCAGGUGAAGGAGAAGGUCCUGGAGCAGGCAUGGAAGGGCAUGUCCUUCUCCCAGAGGCCCCACACAGACUCUCUCCACUUGGAGUGGCGUGCGGGCAUGGCAGGUCACCUGAUCCUGUCAGACGAGGACUUAACGUCGGUGGUGCAGGGCUCCUGGAAACGCCUCAACACCCUGCAGCACUACAAGGUUCCGGAUGGAGCCACUGUUGCACUGGUACCCCGGAACUCCAAACACAUCCACAAUGACAACCAUGACUACUUUCCUGGAGAGAAGACUCCCAUGUUGGACGAUGGGGACGAGGGAGGUGUGAAGCUCUGGCACCUGGUGAAAGCCAAUGAGGAGCCAGACCUGCCCAAACACAGGCGUGGCAGUCUGAGAGAGAGGGAGAGAGAGAGGGCCAAGGCCAUCCCCGAGAUCUACCUCACACGCCUACUCUCCAUGAAGGGCACAUUGCAGAAGUUUGUGGAUGACUUGUUCACAGUGAUCCUGAGCACAAACCAGCCAGUUCCCAUGGCUGUCAAGUACUUCUUUGACCUGCUGGAUGAGCAGGCUCUGCAGCACAACAUUACAGACCCUGAGACCAUCCACAUCUGGAAGACUAACAGUUUACCCCUGAGGUUCUGGAUCAACAUCCUGAAGAACCCCCAGUUCAUCUUUGAUGUUCAGGCAUCGGACCAUGUGGAUGCUGUGCUGUCUGUCAUAGCCCAGACCUUCAUGGACUCAUGUACCAUCGCAGAGCACAAGCUGGGCAGGGACUCUCCUAUCAACAAGUUGCUGUAUGCCAGAGAUAUCCCACGGUACAAGCAGAUGGUAGAGAGAUACUAUGCUGACAUCAGGCAGACCAUUUCUGCCAGUGACCAGGAAAUGAAUUCUGCUCUUGCUGAACUGUCUCGAAAUUAUGCUGGUGAGGUGAACUACCUUGUAGCCCUGCAUGAGCUGUACAAGUAUAUCAACAAGUACUACGAUCAGAUCAUCACCGCUCUAGAGGAGGACCCUACAGCUCAGAAGAUGCAGCUGGGAUACAGGCUCCAGCAGAUUGCGGCUGCCGUGGAAAAUAAAGUCACUGACCUAUGAUAAGAGUGGCCCUGAGACGGGACAGGCUGAGACCCUGAGGAAAAGACACCUGCUGAGAGGAGUAGUCCGAAAGGAAAAGAAUGUGUGAAAAGGAAAAAGACCUUGUGCAUACAGGGUGUGAUUUCCCUCUCUUUUUGGCAGACUGAAGGAAGUAAAGAAGGUUGAGGUGCACUCAGUGGUGCCCUUCUCUUUGCCAUAUCUGUGUAGAGUUACUGUGCGUAGAUUCUCCUGACAAGCUGCACAGGAGAUUUCCAUAGCAACCUGACUGCAUUUACCCGCUGCUACUCAGUGUGUACAUACAUAGACAUUAUCCUGAGUAAAUGAGCAAAGCCCUGUUGAACUCUCUGGACUGCUGCAGAGUUUCUGCAACACAAACAACGUCUUACUGGGAUGAAAUGGAUGGAUAAAGCUUACAGCACUAAAAUUAAUUGAAUAGCACUUAUUGCAUUUAUGCUAUUGUCAUUCACUUGCUAAUGCCUUCUGUUUCCCUGAAUCACAUUUUCAAAGUCUUACUUUUCUGGUAUAACUAUCCUUUGCAGACAAUGUGUGAGGUAGUAUUAUCUUCACUCCCCAUCAAUGAUUUUGUCGAUCCACAAAGUUUUUCUGCUUCAUGUAGUUGGACACUAAAGAACAGACUGCUUUCAAUACAUUGUGAAAAUGUUAGGUACUCCAUGUGCUGGCUUUUAUGGUCACCCAGCUUUGACAUUCAAAUCAUAGAGAAUGUUCCUUUCCAAAAUCGUGUAUGAUGUACAAGUCAUUUUAGUGCAUUUCUGAUGGUAAUUCUACGGUUCCCUAUAAUUGCAGUAGCCAAGCUGAUAUUUUCCGUCCUAAUGCUGUGAUAAUGAUAGACAUCUCUAGCUUAAACCUCCAGAGAAAUCUCAGCUAGUUAAUGUUCAAUCUGCAGAACGUUUCCUUCUCUUAGCCUUGUGCCAGACUUCACUACACAUUAUCUUUCAAUGGCAGACUAGAAGGUGCUCUCAAAAAGGUGUAUUUUGUGAGCAGCAGGAGCUAGUAAUCAAACACAACAAUUCACAGAAGUGAAUGUGAUCGAACAGUUUGUUUUAGAAAAUGGCUGGUUAUGUGACCAAUAUGAACUUUUCUGUCAACACUGUGGGAUGCGACGACUAACAAGCAACAGUUGUUCCUGUUCGCGGGUUUUUCCGACACUGAUUAUUUUAACAAAUCACGAUUUAGCAGGGUGUGUCUCUUUCGAAUUUCGGAAGGGGGGGAGAUGACAUUUGUCCCUCUGACUUAAAAGAAACUUGCAGAGAAAGGGGGUUGGAGCUAACGUUCGGCUUCCGCUCCUCAUUCUAGUAUCUUUUCUCAUACAUAUCCCCCCCCCCCAGAACAUGAAAGAGUAUCUGACGCAAUUACGUAAGAUUUUAGUUCUGGGUAUCCGAGAUUAAGUAUAGUUGUAAAGGUUGAGCGAAAGGAGUUUGAGAUUGGCAAUAUAAUAUUGUUUGUCUCAUAAAACUUGCAGCAUGACAUGUUUUUAGUCUCAUCAAUGAAUCCUUUAGCCCAAGGCCUUUUUCUGACUGAAAUUAAACGGUAGCCCUAUUGUUUGAUUUUCACUAAUACAACAUUUUAACCCUCAAGCUACUGACGAGUCAUUUUGACCCCAUAGGUAUAUUUAUCAUAGCCCAAAGGUGGUUUAUUAAAAUCUUCAAAUUUGUAAUGACAAAUCUAAAUCCAUGUUUUUAGUGUUUCUGUAUCAAUAUGGGGGUCAUUCCACCAAUUCGAUGCCUUUUGGGAUGUGGAAUUUGGUGGGAUUGUUUUGUUGAUUUCACCUCAUUUUAACAUUCUGUCAUAAAAUCUCCUUGUGACAGGGGGAAUGGAAGCUUGUUGUGUGCAACAGGGAGGGGCAAUUUGAGUGCAAGCUUCAACAUUAAAUUUUUUUUUUUUAAACAUUUCUAGCCUGUUUAUCUAUGGGUAACAGGGUUGACAUGUUAUGCUCGACCCAUUCAGUUUCCCACCACAAAACACCAUAAAAUGGCCAAAAAGAGUAGAACCAUCUCACCUGUCACCGAUGUUCAAUGUUUCUUUUGAAACAUUGAGUUCACAUAACAGCAUUCACCUUAAAAUGAGGGAUUGUUUGGUUUUUUUACCUUAAAAUUAAUCACUAAAUUAAUUAAAUAAAUACUUUUCAGAAAUUACUUUGUCAAAGCAACAAAAUAACCAGGACUACACAAUCAUGUGAGAACUUUUUGGGAAGUCACAGAUGAUGCACGGAGGGACAUGUCAAAAUGCUGAUUUUUGGCACAUUAGCAAGUCUUUAUUUAUAUAAAAAAUAUGCUUUAUUGAAUUGUGCAUGUGAUCUAUAUUAAAAGGGCACUUCAUUGAAUAUAACAGGAUUUUAAAAUUCAAUAUUGGCGCAAAGAUUUGACUUAAAAUGUCAAAAGGACGCAAAAGGUACUUAUUUCGUGGAACAACCCAUGGACUAUUCAGAAAUUCAAUUCCUUUUGGGAUAGUUUUGACCCUAGCUAAAAACACUUAAUUUUGUCUAUAGUAAUUUGAUUUAAAAAAUGACUUUUUAUUUGAAUCUAGGUUACCCGAGAGAUAAAUACAAGUUAUCCAUAGGGUGGAGGGGGACCUGUAUCAGUGAUUUUGAUCCAAUACAGAUCCUCAGCAGAGAUACAGCUCCCCAUGUAACUUACUUGCCUAACAUUGUACUUUUCUUUACCACGUAUCGUAUGACUGUACUUCAAAACCAAAAUGACCUUAUUUUUGUGCAUAUAAAAAUUUGACAACAGUGUAUAAAGUUUGCCAGUGUUAUAAAUACUUGAUAGAACUGCAAUAGAGAAUUCCGAUACACUCCCUCUACAUAGAGAGCUGUACUGGUAUGUAUUCUCUGAAAAGUUGUUAUUCUAGGGCAAAUCCCCCCCCAAAAGUAUUUAUUUGAAUCCAGGUUUCUCUGGAGACAUAAUAUUAAGUUAUACGUAUCAUCAGAGGGUGGAGGGGGACCUGUAUGAGUGAUUUUGACCAAAUAGACCGAUCACCUGCAGAGAUGGAACAGCUUAUGUACUCGCCUAUGGUUAUAAAUAAAAUCAAUCACAUUUUAUUUGUCACAUGCUUUUUAGGCAACAGGUGUAGACUAACAGUGAAAUGCUCACUUACGGGUCCUUUUCCAACAAUGCAGUUAAAGACUUUAAAAAAUAGACACGAGGAAUAAAUAAGUAAAAAUAAAGAGUAGUGGUAGCUGCAGUGUGUGUGGUGUCUGUGGGGGGGGGGGGGCAGUGUCAGUGUGUGUGCAUAGUCAGUGCAAGAGAGUUAGUAAAAAAUAAAGGCUAAAUGCAGGAAGUCCGGGUAGCCAUUUUAAUUAGGUAUGUAGCAGUCUUGUUUAAAAGUCUUAUGACUUGGGGAUAUAAGAUGUUCAGGGUACUUUUGGUUCCAGACUUGGUGCAUUGUUACCGCUUUGUUGUGCUGUAGCAAAGAGAACAGUCUGUGGCUUGGGUCGCUGGAGUCUUUGACAAUUGUUACCGCCUGGUAUAGAGGUCCUUGAUGGCUAUAACUAGGUAUGACCGUGUACAAAAUCUAAAUUUACCUUAGAUAUAUGCCAAUUUGCAGUCAAAACAGCUCAGAACAGUCUGUUGGUCGUAUUAAUACUUGGUAAAACUGUAAUACAGAAACCCACUACCCUCUAAAAUGAACACAUAGUGCUGUGUAUUCUCUACGGUAAAUGUUAUAUAAAUUCCUAUAUUCUAUAGGUGCAAGCAACUUGUGAUAUUUUGGAUGCUAUACCAUUUGCUUUGAGGUGACUUUGGGCAUGCUUUUUGAAGCUUCCUGCCAUAGCCUCUUCCACUCCCAUUGUUUUACUAACAGUGAUGGUAAUGCUGUCUGUGGGCUUAGUAAAUAAAGUAAACUAAGCCAUACAUUUGGUACAUUUCUUUCAGGAUCACUUUUUGAAGUGAAUUUAAUCAUUACUUUUCAAUAAAAUGUAGAAUAUUUAAAAUUGUGUACCGUCCCUUUAAAUGGCAGUACUUUUUAUCACAUAAAAUAUGACCAUUUAUAUUUUCAAAAUUCUGAAAACGAAAUGAUACUAUGGUAAAUAAGCUUUUUCUGUAGUAAUGUGGAUAGAAUUUGGGAGAAAAGGCUGCAAAUUGAAUGAAAGAAACAUUUAUAUUUUAGUUUUUACAGAAUAUGCAAAUUAACUCAAAUUUAGCUAAAAUAAGUCUGUUUUGGUCUCUUUUUUUCAGAUUACAUUAAUUACAUGUCUAAUGUUUUAAGAAAUAUGUUGAUAUUUUGCUAUGACUGUUGCUUUUUCAAAUAUAGUUUCUUCUUGGGGUAACAAUGAACCCAGAUGGUAAUCGAUGUAUGAAAAUAUUUUGGUAGCCUGAGGGUUAAAAUAUUUUUAGGUUUCAAAGUUUUAUUUAUUUAUUUAUUUUCCUGUCUGGUUGGCUGCUGGUUCGUUAUCUAUUUACGAAGACCAAAUAAUCAAUGGAAUUACAAUGAAAUCCAUUGUUUGAAAGGGAGAUGCGAUUUCAUGCAAACACCGGUCAUAUUCUUCUUUGGUACUGAUGACAUGGUCCAGAAGGAAUGAAUUACACUGUUCUUUAUUUAUUUAUUUUUAUAAAUGCAGUAGAAGCUUUAUGUAGGCCUAUACUGGUCAUGUUUUGACUUUUGACCCUUUUUGAUUUCCGUUACUGUGUGUUUGUGGGUUGGGUAAGGGUAUACUUUAUAAUCUGAGUAUCAAAAUUACGACUCGCAUUACAUUCUGGGACUACUGCUUUUUGACAUGUCAGUUUUUACAUACAUUUUUAGAUGUCAAGCUAUAAUAAGGGAAUAUCUGUUUGUUAGUAAUGUAGAGCAAGUUAUGUUGGCGAUUUUUAAAGUACAUUUUUGUCAUCUCUUGCCAUGGACAUAGCAAAAGUAAUCAUUGUUUGUUUUCCUUGCUAAAUUCAAACAUUAUUUGGACUUCUUUGUAAAUACUUUAACGACUUGUAAGUAAGCCUACCAUUAGCUUUCUCUAACUGUUUGAUAGGUGAAAUGUAACUUCAUGUGAUGCAAUAAAAUUGUCCAAAUGUCAA